AUGAAUUGUUCGGAAAGAGAAGAAAUUGCACGGCAAAUUGAAUUAUAUACCUAUCCUGUUCUACUUGGUUUGGGAACCAUCGGAAAUCUUCUAUCGCUAGUCGUGCUUGUACAAAUGCGUCAACAUAGUGUCUAUCGAUAUUUAACAUUUAUGUCGAUUGCUGAUACAAUCGGUCUGUAUAUUGGUUUGUUACGUGAAUUACUUCUAUCAUCGAAUCUUCGUAUACAUAUUCAAGGAACAUUAUUGUGUAAAUUACAUGUUUUCUUUUUCUAUAACACACUUCAUUUGUCCUCCUGGUUUCGUUGUUGUCUUAAUUUGGAUCGUUACGUUGCUGUGAAAUUUCCUAUUUUCACUUCGAAAUGGUGCCGCACGCGACAAGCGACAAUCAAUUCAAGCAUUGUACUCGCCGUGUUUUCCCUAUCGAAUAUUCAUCUGCUGAUAUUCGUUCAAGGUGAAGAUAGCUAUGUUCAUAAUUCGAAUCGUUCAACAGUAAAUCCAUUCCAAUAUCAACAAUGUUAUCUUCAUGAAGAUUAUGUGUACUUUUUCGAACGAAUCUACACAUGGAUCGAUAUGUUUCUUGUGACGAUCAUCCCGUUCGUCUUUAUUAUCCUUUGUAAUCUAACAGUGAUCAAUCGUGUGUUUCUUGUUUCAAAUUCAAGUAAAAAAAGUGAUUUAGUCAGUCGAUCGAAAGCCACGAAUCGUCUACGUUCACUUUGUCUAAUGAUGAUCUGCUCGUCAUUCGUUUUCGUUGCGACGACUUUACCUGUGACUGCAUUUAUCAUUGAUCUUCUAUCAAAUAAGGUUUCGAUCGACUUAAUACGUUGCCGACGCAUCCAAUGGACAAUUUAUAACAUUCUAAUGUAUUUUAACUAUGCAAGUAUAUUAAGUUAUUGUAUAUCAGGCACGGAAUUUCGUCAUGUGUUGAUGAAAACGAUUCAUUUCCGAACAAAGGCAAGUUUAGUUUCAAUUCUACAUACUGAUAUGAUGAAUGCGGCUAAUCAACGUCGAACAUCAACACCUCAACAAUCGCAUCGAAUAUUUACCGAUCAGGACGACAAACAACGCUAUCGUUCGGUGUCUAUCAGUAUUAUACCAGUGAUGAAGAUUAACAAAGAUCAAAGUUUAGUUAAAUUGAAUUAUAGUAACACAAAAUAUCUAGAUAUUCAACCACCAAAUUAUCAGAGACAUUACCGACAUUCAUGUACAAGUCAAACGAAUUGUGGUGGAUUGACACCGUCAUCAACAAUGCACAAUCCACGAGAAACCGGGUGGCGAUCAAGUUUUCUCUUGAACGAUCAUGCGAAUAAUGAAAAAUAA